UUGGAGAUGAUGUCAUGGUGAGAGCUGAGCAGUGGUGCUGAUGUUGAGAGAAGCCCAGGGUACCACUAAUUGAGGGAGUGAGGAAGAGAGCAGCUCGCUUCUAACUGGACUGCAGGUUUGUGACAGCAUCCUGAACUGCUGACUGACCCGGUCUGUGACUUUUGUUGGAUUCAGCCACAAGAUCCCAGAAAACAUGACCCUCGCUGCCUACAAAGAGAAGAUGAAGGAGCUCCCACUGGUAUCCUUGUUCUGCUCCUGCUUCCUGGCGGAUCCCCUGAAUAAGUCAUCCUACAAAUAUGAAGGCUGGUGUGGGAGACAGUGUAGGAGAAAAUCUCAAAGCCAGCGGAAAGACAGUGCUGACUGGAGAGAAAGAAGAGAAGAGGCUGACACUGUGGACCUGAACUGGUGUGUAAUUUCUGACAUGGAAGUCAUUGAACUGAACAAAUGCACCUCAGGGCAGUCCUUCGAAGUCAUCCUGAAACCACCCUCCUUUGAUGGGGUGCCCGAAUUCAAUGCCUCCCUACCCAGGCGGAGAGACCCAUCACUGGAAGAGAUACAGAAAAAGCUAGAAGCAGCUGAGGAGCGAAGGAAGUACCAGGAAGCUGAGCUCCUGAAGCACCUGGCAGAGAAACGAGAACAUGAGCGGGAGGUGAUCCAAAAAGCCAUUGAAGAAAACAACAACUUCAUUAAGAUGGCUAAAGAAAAACUGGCCCAGAAAAUGGAAUCCAAUAAGGAGAACCGGGAGGCCCACCUUGCUGCCAUGUUGGAACGUCUGCAAGAGAAGGACAAGCACGCGGAGGAGGUGCGGAAAAACAAGGAGCUGAAGGAAGAGGCCUCCAGGUAAAGCACCGAGGCCAAAGAAGUUUCCAGGACAGCCGGACAGCCCCAGCAGCUCCGCAGUUCCCGAGGCAGCCUGGCAG